AUGGACGGUGCGUCUAUAACAGAUGCGUCGCAGCAGCACGACGGCCCGUCUACAACCGGUGCGUCUCAGCAGCUCGACGGCCACUGGACGUCCAUCCAGGUUCCCCGACAGGUCUCUGGUCGGAGUCUGCGGAAAUCAUGUGAUCGCUGCCACCAGCAGAAGCUCCGAUGCGUCGGGAACAAAACGUCACGACAAGCCUGCGCGCGAUGCCAACACGUCGGUGCCGAAUGCGUCUAUAACGCACGGUCCAGCAAGCAGGCCAACAAUAACAAGGGCAGCAGAAACCAGAACAGUGCUCCGACCGAGCCUGUGACGCCGGUCCUGAACCACCACCAGCCCGGCAACUUUGGAGCUUUCCACCCCGAUCAGCUGCAGCUGGGCAGCUUCUUCCCGUCUGGUUGGGAUGCCAUAAACACCCCGUCUCUGACUGAUCCCGCCCUGGCGACAUAUACGCACAGUGGCCAUGCUUCGACACUCUCGACGACGAGCACAGGCCCCGUCUUCAACACGUCCGAGUCGGGGAUCGACGACAAUAAUUUCAUCCCGGCGCCAGAGGUGUGCAGGUCCGGCGGCGACCUGUCCGCUCAACUCGCGAGCGUAUGCCAGACACUAGAAACCCUCCUUAAAACGGUGACAAGUGAGCGCACUGGCCAUGCCGAACAAUAUCCUGUCGGAGAGGUGUUCAGUGCCUUUGAAGGCUUUGUGAGGGCCAUGGUGCUCACCCGGGGAAAAGCUCGGACCCCAUCCCGAGACGCCCACCCGUCCUUCGCCAAGUACCUGGACAGCAAGCAGGCGUCCAUGGCAGCGCAAUGCUACAUGCUCUGCAUGAGAUUGGUGGUCUCUCUCUCGGAGAAAAUGCUGCAGAACCUCUUAGCAUCGCCCAUGCCUGCGCAACGCACAUCCUUCAGUUUGAGCACGCCCGACUCGACUCCAUUCAACGCCAGCGCGCUGGGCAUCCUGGACGUGAACUUCUCCCUAGGUAACCAGAACAUGAUCGAGGGCGUCGGCCUGGAAGAUCUGUAUGUCGGCCCCACGGACUCGUACGAGCAGGCCGUCGACUCCACCGUCAGCAUACUCCGCGUCGGCGCCAGACUCAUCGGCAGAAUGGAGCAGUUGCUGGAGAUCCCUCCCGACAUGGCCGGGGGCACGACGUCGUCGGGAGAACAGCCGAGCACCGAGCAUCAGCGAAGGAAGCUGUCGCUGCCGGCACGCCUCGUCGCGACGACGUGGGAACACGAGACGAGUAUCGAUAACAAAUGCCCCGUAACGUGUUUCAAGCGCUAUCGCGCCGCUAUCUUGGGUCUUGCCCAAGGCCACGUGUGA